AUGGAGCAGCUUCAAACUUACUAUAGAACUGGUCUGCAAAGGCUUGAGGGCUGGUCUCAGAAUUCAUGUACCUUAUCAAGUGCCCUAUGUCUUACCAGUGCUGCCUUCGUAGUGACUGCACUCUUCUGGAAAUAUUCUUCAACUAGCACUACUACUACUACUUCUCGUGCUAAAACCAAGAAAUCUCGUAACCAGCAACAAAGAAUGACAGCCAAGACUGUUCCCUUGUCCAGAGAAUCUCACAUCGAUACCGUCUCAACGAGGUUCCAUCAAGAGUACAAACCAGGUCUUUUACAACUAGUUGGAAAAUACGAUCCAAAAAAUGAGAAAAAUAGCUAUGAUAAAAGAUACUACAAUGAAAUGUUGCUAAAACUUUUGAUCGAACUAGAUGGUAUUGAUAUUACAGCUUUACCGACGGAUGACAAGUUAAAGUUAAAGAACAGACGUAAAACCGUAAUAAAAGAAAUUCAAACCCAUUUGCAAUUACUAGAUACUUUGCCAAGAAAUUGA